AGAAACUCUAGAAUUGACUUUGGUGAGCGACCUCAUACUCUGAUUCUCUGUAACCAAUUUCUUUUUAAACCCAUUACUUCUUUCAUCUAGACUUAUCAGUUCAAGUUAUAUAACUCAGCAUUUUAUCUCGUCCUGGCCGGGCACUAGAAAUUCCCUUCAAAUGUUAAACGUUUUGGCCACCGGCCAAAAUAUGAGUUACACAUUCUUCUUCCGUAGGCUUCUUGUUUAUUCUAUCUUGCUGGUUAUCUUUGCAAGCUUUGCUCUCGGAGCUACUCGAUUAUCAGAUGUUGAAGUACAAGCUUUAAAGAUUAUUGGAAAGACAUUGGGGAAAGACCGGAAUUUCAUUGCAGAUCCUUGUAGCAGCGAAGCAUCUAGAUGGAUUGAUACUACCUCAACAGACAGCGCAGUUACGAAUAACGUCACCUGCGGCAAUUGUAGUACUGCUGGCGAUGAUCAGAUCUGCCAUGUUACAAGCAUAUCUCUGAAAGCUCAGAAUUUGGCAGGAACACUCCCACCAGAGUUGGCGAGGCUUCCCUAUCUACAAAUAAUUGAUCUCACCCGCAACUAUUUGAAUGGCACCAUCCCUCGAGAAUGGGGCUCCCUGCCGCUAGUUAACAUUUCCCUUGUUGGAAACCGUUUGACAGAUUCUAUCCCCAUUGAGAUCGGAAACAUUAGCACCCUGCAAAGUUUGGACAUCACUUCCAAUAAUUUUUCAGGAGUACUUCCUCUGGAGCUUGGGAAUUUAACCAGCAUAGACAGAAUGCUUCUUUCCUCAAACAAUUUUACUGGGAAGUUGCCCGAAACAUUUGCAAGGCUUACCACAUUAACAGACUUUCGGGUUGAUGACAAUCACUUUUCUGGGAAGAUACCUGAUUUCAUUCAGAAAUGGACAAAUCUUUCAAAACUAGUGAUUCAGGCUAGUGGUUUGACUGGGCCAAUUCCAUCCAGCAUCUCUCUUUUGAAGGAAUUAACUGACCUGAGAAUUACUGACUUGGAUGGACCUCAUGAAGCACUUUUUCCUCGACUUGAUAAUAUGACAAAACUGAAAACACUGAUGUUGAGGAAUUGCAAUCUUACUGGAGAGCUAGCGCUACAUACGUAUCUUGUGAAACUGACAGACUUGAAGUACUUAGACCUCAGCUUUAACAAGCUUACUGGGAAAAUUCCUGGCCCCUUUGUUAAUAAAGUGACGUGCAUAUUCUUAACUGGAAACUUGCUGAAUGGAACAGUGCCCGAAUCGCUGAAAGGAACCUGCAUUGAUCUUUCAUACAACAACAUGACCACUGGGACCGACAAUUGUGGCCGUGGCAGCAUGAACUUGUUUGCAAGCUCGUCAAAGGAAAACAAGUCAAUUAUUUCAUGUUUGCAUAAUGCAACAUGUUCGAAAGAAUUGUACUCUCUCCAUAUAAAUUGUGGUGGAGAUGUUCAUGAAGCUAUCAGCACAUCCGUAACAUAUGAAGCAGAUAUCGAUCAAGGUGGACCUUCAUCAUUUUACAAAAGCAAUAGCAAUUGGGGGUUUAGCAGCACUGGUUACUACCCUGAUGAUGACCAUCCUCAAGACACCUUUAUUGUGUCUAAUAAAUCUACACUCUCUAUGCUCGAUCCUCAACUGUACAUGACUGCACGCGUUUCACCCAUCUCUCUAACUUAUUUUGGGUUUUGCCUGAGGAAUGAAAACUACACAGUGAAGCUCCAUUUUGCAGAGAUAAUGUUUACAAAUGACACGACAUAUCGUAGCUUGGGAAGGCGUAUAUUUGAUAUUUACAUUCAGGGGAAACAAGUGGAGAAGGAUUUUAAUAUUGCGGAUGCAGCAGGUGGGAAUGGUAUAUCAGUCAUAAAAAACUAUACUGCUUUCGUAACAAAUCAAACCUUGGAGAUUCGUUUCUUUUGGAAUGGGAAAGGAACACAGGCUAUCCCUGAAAGAGGAGUCUAUGGUCCUCUUAUAUCAGCCAUUUCUGUAGACCCAAAUUAUAUACCCCCGCCACCCUCGCCAGAACCCUCGCCAGGAGGUGGAAGUGGUAUAUCGGCUGCUGAAGUGGUUGGAAUUGUGGCUGGAGGAGUGUUCAUAAUAUUAGUGAUUUUAUGUAUUCUCUGGUGGAAAGGCUUCAUAGGACCAGCAAAUACUUUGGAACAAGAUUUGAAGGGUGUGGACCUGCAGACUGGCAAAUUUACCUUGAGGCAAAUCAAAACUGCCACGAACAACUUUGACAUAGCGAACAAGAUUGGAGAAGGUGGUUUUGGUCCUGUUUACAGGGGCCUUCUAUCAGACAACACUGCAAUUGCUGUUAAGAAGCUUUCAGCCAAAUCGAAGCAAGGGAAUCGUGAAUUUGUGAAUGAGAUAGGCAUGAUUUCUGCUCUGCAACACCCUCACCUUGUCAAGCUUUAUGGAUGCUGUAUUGAAGGAAAUAACUUGUUGCUUGUCUAUGAAUACAUGGAAAACAAUAGUCUCGCACGUGCUCUAUUUGGCCCAAAAGAUAGUCAGGUGAAGUUGGACUGGCCAACAAGGCAUAGGAUUUGUGUUGGUAUAGCCAGAGGUUUGGCUUACCUCCAUGAGGAGUCAAGGUUGAAGAUCGUUCAUAGAGACAUCAAAGCUACUAAUGUGCUACUUGAUAAAAAUCUUUUCCCAAAGAUAUCUGACUUUGGAUUGGCCAAGCUUGAUGAAGACGAUAAUACCCACAUAAGCACUCGGAUUGCUGGAACUUUUGGUUAUAUGGCACCUGAAUAUGCAAUGCGAGGUUAUCUGACUGAUAAAGCAGAUGUUUAUAGUUUUGGAAUUCUUGUAUUGGAAAUGGUCAGUGGAAGGUGCAAUACAACUUAUCGCUCAAAGGAAGAAUGUUUUUAUCUUCUAGAUUGGGCACUUCUUCUAAAAGAGAGAGCAAGUUUGUUGGACCUAGUGGAUCCAAGGUUGGACUCAGAGUUUAACAAAGCAGAGAUGAUUACUACGAUCAAUAUUGCUCUCCUUUGUGCCAAUGCUUCUUCAGCAGUUAGGCCCGCCAUGUCUUCAGUGGUGAGCAUGCUUGAAGGUAAGGCUUCUGUUCAAGAGGUGGUCUUUGAUCCAAACGCCUCAAUUAAUGAAAUCAAUGCGAUGAGGAAACAUUUUCAAUCCAAUAUUGAAGAAAACAAUGGUGACCCUGAGAGUCAGAGACAAACUAUGUCAAUUGAAGGGUCGUGGACUGCUUCAUCUACAUCUGCUCAAGACCUCUAUCCAGUCCGCCCUGAUUCAUAUUAUUGGGAGAAUAGAAAUUAGAUAAUUUGAGCAAAGUGUCCUUUUUUAUCGUUAUACUUCUAUAAACCGUUGCUACUUCUAUAAGUUUUUCUCUUUGGUUUGUUUGAAAAUAUAGUUGGAAUAAUCAGCUUCUACAGGACUACAGCAUAGUAAUUGUAAAGUGUGAAAUGAAUUGUUUACUAGUUCAAGACA